CAGACCACUCAGGAAGCAGACGAGCAGUCACAACGCUCUUCUGGAUAAGUGAACAAUGCUGUGGAUGAAUGUCGCCGGUCUCGGCUCCUCCAGUCUCGGUAUUGUUCUCCUGCUGACUGGGAUCCUCACCGACUUCUGGUUGGUGAGUUUCGGCUCGGACCUGUACCAUGUCGGACUGUGGCAAAUUUGUGCAAAAAACGUAUGUGCUAAAGUCACCGCGACGGGAUACAUCAACGCCACCAGAGGGUUUGUGGUCUUCUCCACCUCACUUCUCAUAUUUGGGAUGAUAUCUUCCUGUUUUACAUUUGUCAAGUUUCACGUAGGAAGAAUCACCGCCUGCCUCGCGUCUGCCAUCCUGGAGGGCCUAGCAGCCAUGUUUCUCCUCAUCGGGAUGUCUAUCUAUACAUCUGAGACCUCCAAUAUGGUCCUCAACAGUUCCUUCAAUUACCAGUGGUCCUUCUACCUGUGCUGGACCGCCAAUGUGCUUCUCAUCAUUUCAGGAAUAUGUCACAUUCUGGCUCAUCUAUCGUCACCGCUACCUGGAUAUGAGUCCGUGUAAGCUCUGGUAUCGCCCCCUUCUUCACCAUCGUCAUCAUCAUCUUCCACCUGCUUAUCAUCU